GAUCGCAGAAAGAAACCGGUUUAUGACAAUUGUCACAUGUUGAGGGUGGCGGGAAAACCAUAUACAUGAAUCAUCGAAGUCCAAAAGUGACGAACAAUCACUAAAGAGCACGAAGUUCAAAGUACCAAACCAUCUGAUAAAUAAAGGCUCUUAUUAUUUCAACGCUAUAUGUUGAAAUAAUAUAAUAUGUACUUAUAUUUGACGUUCUUCAGAUUUACGAAGCAUUGCAGAAAUUGAUGUUUAAAUUUGACUCGUCGUGAAUUAGCGUAUUACUGCUUGAAAAUGAACGUACUCAAUAAGUUAUACUAUACUGUCAGUAGCACCGUAUCACAGCUAUCUAUAUUUUUACCAGGGAAUCCGGUUACCAGAGAAUACGAAGCCACUAAUCAUAUCGCGAGCGCUGGACCAGGAUUACUGUGGAAGAUAUUCAGCGGAUUCAAGAAAUCCACCAACCAAGAGGUUUCAAUAUUCAUAUUAGAAAAAAAACAAUUGGAGACAUUGUCAAAAAAUAAUCGUGAAGCUGUGCUAGAUACUUUGAGAAAAAGUAUCUCUCAAUUAGCUCGUUUAAGACAUCCUCAAAUUCUGAUGGUGCAACAUACUCUAGAAGAAUCACACGAUAGCUUAGCUUUUGUUACUGAACCCGUUUUUGCUAGUCUGGCAAAUAUUUUGGGUAAAGUAGACAACUUACCAGUUCCAGUUCCUGAUCAGUUGGAAAACUACAACUUAUUCGACGUUGAAAUAAAAUAUGGCUUGCACCAGAUUGCCGAAGGUUUUUUAUUUCUACACAAUGACGUGAAGUUAUUACACCGUAAUCUAUGUCCGCACAAUGUAGUAAUCAACAAAGAAGGUGCCUGGAAAAUAUUCGGAUUUGAUUACAGCGUUCACUGCAUUAGUGGAGCAGAAGCUAUCGUAAAAUGGCCGACUAUCGAAAACGCCAUGGAUGUACCCUGUGCGUUGGCUCAGCCAAAUUUAGAUUACUUGGCUCCAGAAUCCGCAUUAUCUGGCAAAUUAUUAGUGUUCAGCGAUGUGUUUUCAUUCGGAAUGUUAAUUUACACUUUGUACAAUAGAGGCCUUCCUUUUCAUUACUCGAAUAACAAUUGGACAACGUAUAAUCAGAAUUUGUCGAAAUUUAAACAAAUUUCCAAUUCUGAUCUGUUAACGAUUCCUCAAGAAAUUAGAGAAAUAGUUAAACUCAUGUUGAACUAUAUGCCCCAGCUGAGGCCAAAAAUUCAAGAUUUUUUAAAGUCUGAAUUUUUCGAUGAUGUUGGUGUCAUAGCAUUAAGGUUUUUGGAUUCCAUGUUUCAGUGGGAUAAUCUACAGAAAUCACAAUUUUAUGAAGGAUUGCCUAAAAUGUUAGAAAAACUUCCUCAUCGUGUAUGCGUAUUUAGGAUAAUUCCAUGUUUAGCAAAAGAAUUCGUCAAUCCAACCAUGGUCCCUUUCGUUUUACCAAGUGUAUUCGCUAUCUCCGAACAUUGUACUAAAAAAGAAUUUAGGCAAUGUAUUUUACUUUAUUUAAAACCAGUACCAGAGUUGGCGCGAUUCGAAUCGCGCGAAAGAAUCGAGAAAGAAUCCGAUUCUCACGAUUCGAAUCGGAUUCGAAUCGCGGUUCUUCAAGUCGAAAGAAUCGGAAAACGCAGGAAUCCGAUUCCCUUUUAUAGAGAAUCGCACCUUCUCGAUUCCCUGCGAUUCCUUGCAGGUAUUAUUCACGUGUUGAAACAGUAAAAUGCACUGUUUUUAAUGGCUUUUAGUGAUGCAUUUGCAUUUUGUAGUUUGAGACUGGUGACAUUUUUUUAAAGAUUGGCUGUUGUGUGAUAAUAUUGCAAAUCAGUGAUUCUAUGCAGUGAAAGAAUCGCGCAAUGCAAGAAUCGGAUUCUCUUUAAUGGAGAAUCGCGCCCUCGCGAUUCUCUGCAAUUCCCUACUCACAGCCACAAACGAAAGAAUAGAA